CUUCGCUCUAUUCUCGCUCUCUCUUGACUCCUUUCUCCUCUCUGCUUCAUUGUCGACUCUCCGUACCGACCGUCCCAGCUGCAUGGUCCUAUCUAUUCCAUGCCUUGUCAAUAUACAUCGAAUAGCAAGGCACGACGACUAGAUCUGAGAACAGUCCUUUCUCAGGCCUCUCACUCUUGAACAAAUAGCAUGCAUAGCCUGCUUUAAACAAGAUGACUUCUUCCGGCCUUUCAUAUUCUCCAAUAUCAUAUCGCACAUAUCCCGAGCGGCGCAAUUCGACGCCAACAUGGACGACCCCAGUUUCCCAGCCCAGCCUUUCCGAGGGCCAAGAUAGCGCGUCGCCGCCCCGUCUCACUGCUCACAUCAUUGUAGUAGAAACUAGUCCCGACUCCCCCCAGCCUUGGAAUUGACCCUGGCAAAUACGAUGACGUGAAGGGCUGAUGAGAGAGGGAGACGAGCAGCAUCUAUGUAAUCCCGAUCCCUUCUGUGGUCCCCCAUCCAUCCCCCUCCUCUCCCACUCCCAUCCUGUCUCCUCUUGCAACUACUAAACUCCUCCUCCUCCUGCUACUCCUCUCCCCACCCCACCCACCCACUCAUGGCCGCCCAAAUCGUCACGGUCGAGCCCUCGCUCGCCAGCGGAGCCAGCGGAGCAACCGCCCGAUCACACACCAGACGCGGAGCCGACCUCGUCGAGCGACUAAACGCUCUCGAGCACGAAAAACGCUCUCGACGCCAUUCUCACGCAGGCCAACUCGUCCUUGCCCCUCGACCCGGAGCAGCAGCAGCAGAUCGUUCAGUCCGCGACAUCAACGACGAAAUCCGCGCUCUCGAAGCCGAAAAACAAGCAUACAGAUACGAAACCCGCGCAGCCGCAGAACGAGAUAUGGCUCAUAGAUUUCGUUCUCGAGCAUCCAGUGAAGCGCCGGCGCCUCGAUCGCGCUAUCUUAGCGAACGAGAAAUUCUCGUCCAAGAAGGCGAUUUGCGUCGUUCGCGAUCACGCUAUGCGGGUAGUGAAAGAGGAUUGGUUCUGCAUAAGGAGGAAUUUGGGAGAGGACCGGGAAGAGAUUUUGUUUAUGAAGAGUGGGAACGCCGGCAUAGGAGUCAGCCUCCUGCGGAACUUGUGCUGUAUGAUCCGGAGAGAUAUGGACCGCGUGAGGUGGUGUAUGAACGUGCGCCGAGUCCGAUUCGGAAGGUGGUCAGAGUGAGGAAGGAUAGGAAGGGGAGAAUGAGUUUGGUUCGGAGUGCGCAUUGAAAGAAGGGCGUACUUUUUCCAUUGUGGGCGAGAAGACACGGGUUGGUUUGCCAGUGUUGCGCAUUGCUCUUGCAGGCCUUUAUAAAUAAGGUGCCCUUGGAGCAGAGCACGACUGUGAUCCGAUGUAAAUUCUCGGUCUACACACUCACUGCCCACUGGACCUCUUCUACAAAAAAUCUGAAUCGGCACUACAGGACGCUGCACCAGUAGCAGGCAGGCCUCGAGACACCAAUAGCAGCCUCGCCAUAUUGCGCCAAUCGUCCAACACAUUACAGCCUGGCUCUCGGCAACCCAUCCAAAACUCCUCCUCCCAGUCCCUCCCAAAGCGGAUUGCGGAAGCACGUCACGAGAACAAGGCAACAACAGCCUUAUAUCGCGCGGCGAACUUGAUGCCAACGAGGAACAGGUUCUCCAAGAAGAUGGGCCAUGCAUGACUGGCUGGGGAACAGCUUCAAGGCACAAGAAAUCGACAAAUCUCGUAGCUGAACGGGUCAAGCGUGACGGGCGAGCUUGGGGGAAAAGCCAUGUGUGUGCACUAUUGAAAGAGGUGCCAAAAUUUGAUAUAUGAAGAUGCAGAAAUGAGUUUCUAUUUUGAUUGCACGGAUUGAUGCAAUGAGAUGGAGCGAGACGGGGCUGAGAAGGGUAGCAAGCAAGAAUGUGAAUUAUUCUUACACACGAGCUGAUGAGAGCUGGAGGCAGAACGUAUAUAAAAAUAAAAAAAUCAGACUGCAAUCCAG